AUGAAAGAAAAAUUUUCAAGAAAUGAAAAUGUAGAAGGGGAUAACGAAGAUCUUGGGAAAAUAAAUUAUUUAGAACAGGAUAAUAUAUUGAAAAAAUGUCGAAAAAAAAAAAAAAAAAAAAAUAACAACAAUGAUGAUAAUAAAAUGAGCAAUAGCAAUAACCACAUUAAUGAUAGUGGACAUAACGAAAUAAAGGAAUGUGUCUUAAAUAUGGGGGAUGAUAAAACUGAACAAAAAGAAAAUGUAUCAAUGGAUGAAGAAGACAUAAAAAAUUUAAUAUUUCCAUUAGACAUAAAGCUAAUAUAUGUGCGUUUAUCAAAAAUAAAAUCUAAAAAAAUUAAUAAAACGAAAGAUGAUUUUACAAGUGUACUUAACGAAGCUUUACAUAAUGUAAUAAUAUUAUAUUAUGAAUUAUAUUUUUAUAAUCAUAUAGAUAAUUUUAAAGUUGAUGUUAAUUUUUAUGAAAUAUAUAAUGAUAUAAUAUGCUUAGUAGAUGAAUUAUUGGGGUUACAUAGGACUCAUUUAGAAAAAAAUGGUUUAACUGAAACUGGUGAAAAAAAGGAUUGUAAUUCAGGGAAACAUUCAAAUAAUAAAAAUAAAAAGAAAGAUAUUGAAAAGGUAAAAGAUGAUGAUUUAUUAGAUUAUAAACUUGAUGGUGAUGAAAAUGUUGUACAUUUAAAUUUUAAAAAAAUGAAAAUGAAAUAUUUAUCUGUAGAAAUAGAUAUAAUAUUUUUUUGUGAAUGGCAUCAUGAUAAUAUAUUAACAUCUAAAGAAAACCCAUCAAAAUAUUACAAUAGUUACAAUAAAAUAAUAGUGAAUAAUAUGAAUAAUCUAGAACAGAAUGAUCCGAUUUAUAAUACUAACAUUGGUAUUGACGUUAGUGAUGAUAUGAAUAAUGUGUUAGGUAAUAGUCUUCCUCAGGUGUGCGAAAAAGAAAAUGAUUUUACCCUACCAAAUAAGUCCAUAAAAAAAAAAAAAAAAAGUAAUAAUCAUAACACUAUUGGUAAUAAUAAUGAUGACAAUGAAAAAAAAAAGGAUAUUCCGGAUAAAAUUGAAAGUAAUAAGGCUAGUAUAAAUAAACCAAAGAAGGAAAUUAAUUUAAAAUCUAAUAAUAGUAAACAAAUAAAUAAAAUAGAAGAUAAAAAAGUGGAGCCUAUAAAAAAUGAUAAAUAUUUAAAGGAAGAUAGAAGGCUAUGCUAUAAUUUGUUAUGUAAAGAACAACCAUAUAAGGCUUUCUUGCUAAAAGACACAUUUGAUUUUAGUAAAUCAGAUGAAGAAGAUAACACAAAAGAAAUAGCCAAUGAUUCAUUAAAAAUCGAAUGUGCAGACAUGUUGGGGAUAGAAGAAAGAGCACAUAUAAAUAUGUUUGCACCAGGAAAGGAAAAUUCAGAAAAAAGAGCCCCACCUGAAAAUAAUAAUAAUAGAGGUGUAAACAAUGGAAGUGGUAAUUAUAAUGGAAAUUUUGUCGAAGGUUAUUCGGCUGGAAAUAAGAAAUUAACACAUAUCCCUAAAGAAAUAGUAAACAUAACAGCUUUGCUAAGUAAUCCUAUAUUGUCAUUACGUAAUAUAAAAAAUUUUAAUGAUGUAAAUUUUCCAUAUGGAUAUAAAAAUAGCGAAAAGAAAGGCAUAUAUGAUUAUUGCUAUUCUUAUUUAAACAAAAUACAUAAUGGAUAUGAUAUAAUUCCUAUAGAAGGAUAUAAAUUUCGAUCAAUAAUAAUUGAUGGCGCAAAUGUUUGUGCUAAAGUAAUAAAUAAUAAAAAUUCUCAAUAUUAUUUUGAUAAUGGGGAAAUAGAAAUUGUUUAUGAUUGCUACAUAUUAUAUGAAGCAUAUUUAUUUUUUAAAAAAAUUAAUGUUGAAGAUAUUAUAAUUGUUUUAAAUCCUGUUAUGAAACAGGGUAAUGAAUAUUAUUUACGAACAAAAAAAGUUUUUAAUUAUACAUAUCUUGAAAAAUUAAUAAAACUAAAUGUUAUAUUAAUUAGCAAUGAAAAAUAUUAUCAUAGUAAUAAGGGUGAGAUAGUUAAAAGAAGAACUUAUGAUGAUGUAUUGAUACUGGAAUUAGCUUUGCAUAAAAAGGGAUGUGUUAUCUCUAAUGAUAACUAUGCAGAUAUAUGGAUGAGGACAUCAAACCGUAAAGAAAUACAAGACAUAAUAUCUUAUUAUGUUGUUAAGCAUAAUUAUGAUAAAAAUAGGGGAUUUUCAUUAGAUUUAACAAAAAAGCCGCUGAAAUACAUAUUAAAUUCAUUAUUUCAAAAAGUUGUUUAA